AUGGAUUCAAUAGAUGAGCAGAUUACUACAAAGCGAAAAGAACUUCAGUCAUUACAAAAGAUCACCAGUUUGACGGAUGGCUUAAAAAUUCAGCUAACAGAGUUAAAUGACCAGAUCAAAGAAAUGGGAACAAAUGCAGAAUCAGUGGCGCAAUUGAUGAACAAUUGGGACUCUAUAAUAAACAAUAUAUCACAAGCUAGUCUGGGAUUAUUGCAAUAUGCAGAGGGUGACUAUGAAAUAGGACCAUGGAAAGAUUCUAAGAAAAACGAGUCUGAACGAUCUGAUGAAGCAGGCAUUGAAACUCAAGAAAGCGAUAAGAAUAACGAAGGAAAUGAUGAAGAUGAAGAUCUGGUACCCCUGCCGGAAACAAUGGUCAGAAUCAGAGUGGAUGGUAACGAAUGA